CAUUGGGUAAAAGACCAGUAUGGUUGAUAUGUCCAAGAUGUAAAUUAUUAGUAAUGACAAGAGUUAAAGAAGAAAUAUCAUCUACUGCUUAUAUAUGCUGUAUGUUGAUGAUAGUUAUUGGGUGUUUCUUUUGUUCGUGUCUGCCGUUAUGCAUGGAUAACUUUAAGAACAAAAGACAUUCAUGUCCAAGUUGCAAUGCAUUCAUUGGACUUUACAAACCAUCAUAAGCCAAUAAGUAAUAAUAUUAUUAACUGAAAAUUUAACCAAGCAUGCAAACUGCAAGCUUA